GUUAGAAGAUGUUGGCAAAGUCGUGCAUCCUUUCACUUCCUUUUCUUCCUUUUGAAGCCACGGAUUAAUGUGUGGAAGCUCAUGAGCUAUGAGUCAGACGGCAGGCCGUCCUAUUGGUUGCAGCGUGGUGUUUACCUGUUUUGCAUAGCACCUUCCCACCCGUCUGAGUCAGCAUGCCUCACAAAACACAUAAGUAAAAGAAAAGCAGGCAAUCAGGAUAUUGUGUGUGCCAGCAGGUUUGCCAAAGGAUAUUGCUACAUUUUUCUCUGGAUCUCUUUUUCACUGUACGGAUCAAAGCUGCUUCCUUUAUGGGGGAAACGGAGACAAAAUAAUGAAAAAAGUGCACCAAUACUCUUGAUAAGACUGAUUGGGGUAUAAGCAACAGCCACGCUCAUGUUUUCUCCCGAUCAAGAAAACCAUCCCGCUAAGGCACCUGUGAAGUAUGGGGAGCUCAUUGUACUGGGGUACAAUGGCUCUCUACCAAAUGGGGACAGAGGAAGAAGGAAAAGCAGGUUUGCUUUAUUGAAAAGACUAAAAGCCAAUGGGGUGAAGCCGAGUACUGUUCACAUUGCCUGUACUCCACAGGCAGCAAAGGCAAUAAGUAAUAAGGACCAGCACAGUAUAUCGUACACUUUGUCAAGGGCGCAGACUGUGGUAGUGGAAUACACCCAUGACAGUAACACGGAUAUGUUUCAGAUUGGAAGGUCAACAGAAAGCCCUAUUGAUUUUGUGGUAACUGACACAGUUCCAGGAAGCCAGAGCAACUCCGAUACACAGUCCGUGCAAAGCACCAUCUCGAGAUUCGCAUGCAGAAUUAUUUGUGAACGAAAUCCUCCAUUUACUGCCAGAAUAUACGCUGCAGGCUUCGACUCUUCCAAGAAUAUCUUUCUUGGGGAAAAGGCUGCCAAAUGGAAGACGAUAGAUGGGCAGAUGGAUGGGUUAACGACAAAUGGAGUCCUUGUUAUGCAUCCACGCAACGGGUUCACGGAGGACUCUAAGCCAGGGGUGUGGAGAGAGAUAUCCGUAUGCGGGAAUGUGUUUAGCCUAAGAGAGACCCGCUCGGCUCAGCAGAGAGGAAAGAUGGUGGAAAAUGAAAGCAAUGAGCUUCAAGAUGGUUCCCUCAUCGACCUGUGUGGAGCUACUUUGUUAUGGCGCACUGCCGAAGGGCUGUCCAGAACUCCAACCGUAAAACACUUGGAAGCACUGAGACAGGAGAUCAACGCAGCACGACCUCAAUGUCCUGUUGGCUUUAAUACAUUGGCUUUUCCUAGUAUGAAAAGGAAAGAUGUUGUCGAUGAGAAACAACCUUGGGUAUAUCUGAACUGUGGCCAUGUGCAUGGCUACCAUAACUGGGGAAACAAAGAGGAGCGUGAUGGGAAGGACCGGGAGUGUCCAAUGUGUCGCUCUGUGGGGCCCUAUGUUCCACUAUGGCUGGGUUGUGAAGCUGGAUUUUACGUGGAUGCAGGCCCUCCAACUCAUGCCUUCAGCCCUUGUGGACACGUGUGCUCAGAAAAAACAACUGCCUACUGGUCUCAGAUUCCACUUCCCCAUGGUACUCAUACUUUCCAUGCAGCCUGUCCAUUCUGUGCACACCAGCUUGCAGGAGAACAAGGUUAUAUCAGACUCAUUUUCCAAGGACCUCUAGACUAACGUCGCUCUUUUUGGUGCUUGCAUUGAACGCAUAAGCUAAGAAAGGUUUGGUUUGCUUCCCACCGGCCGGUCAAAGUCGUCAAGACCUAUUGGCAAGUUUGCAUAAUACAGCGCGAAAAGCUACAGGAGCUCCAAGCGUUGUGAAACGCAAGACGCAGCGAUUUUAUAACUUUUUUUUUUCCGCAAGCAGAUGUUUCAAAAUGGGAUUAUGCAGAUUUGAUGUAAAUGCCUUCAUUAAUAUUUCUGAAUGACCCACCUCAGUAUUAAAUUAUUUUGGAACACUGGGGAAGAAUAGUCAGCUCAAACUACAUUAGUUUACAGUUCAACACACAUUGUAAAAUAUAGCAUACGACAGUUUUAUAUUUAUCUUUAGUAUGAAAAUGCCAAUGACUUGAUAGCAUUGUCCUAUAAAGCGACCCGUGUACUUUGAAUGCUUGAAGUAGCCGGGACGAUAUCAGAAAACACCAAUAUGGACAAUCUUUCCUUAUCCCCGUUUAUUUUCAUUAUUUGAUCAUGAGAUUAGCUUGUUUUAUCACUGAAUCAUGUGACCAGCUAGGAGAUGAUAAGUUGAGGGGUCUGUAAAUAUUCAAUCACGUUGUCCUUGUUUAGUCUUAACAGGCGCUCCAUCAUUUUUUGCAUACAUUUCAGGGUUUUAUUUAUCUGUUAUUUUAAAUUCCUAUUUUUAAUACUGAAGUAAUAUUGCUUGUGACAUGACCUAUUUAUCUUCUUUUGAGCCAUUUCUUGGGUUUCAUUAAAUCACAAAAAUCACCUUUGAGCAGGUAAGGUUAGAAUGUUUUGUACAAUUGUAUUUUUCUCGGGGACGUUGCAUAUUUUUACUGGAGCCUACAUCCAUUGUGAUAAACGGUAAAUUUUGUGUUCCAGAAACAGAUUGUAGUUUUAGUUUUAUCUUUUUUUUAUUCUACUUUUUUCCCUUGCAUGUUUUAUGAUUGUAGCAUUCGCUGUAACACAACGUGUCCUGAGCUGGGUAGGUGAAAUACCUAUUUAAUGGGUGGAGUGUUUUGUGGCUUUUUUUAACAGAGAAAUACACAGAAGCAACCUUUCAUUCUCGAGUUUCUUUUUGCACACACUCAGGAAAACUAACUACAAAGAUACCUGAAAUACUACUUCUAACUUUUUGCUGAUCAUUUUCUAAAAGCAAAUCUGAAGCCCUAUGUGAAGAGUUCAGGUUAUGUCAUCACACACUGACCUGAACAAAUGCAUUAAGUGUUUUAAAGUGUACCUGUCAGUCUGCGGACGAAAUAU